CGACUCCAAUCGCAAUUCGCAAUUCCCAGCCCCAUUCCCCGUCGGCCGACUCCAGCGAGCGACUUCGCCCCGGUCGGAAGCACCACCAGCCACCAGCGAUGUCUGGCGAGGAGGAGGAGAACGCCGCGGAGCUCAAGAUCGGCGAAGAGUUCCUCAAGGCCAAGUGCCUGAUGAACUGCGAGGUGGCGAUCAUCCUGGAGCACAAGUACGAGCAGAUCCAGCAGCACGCGUCGUCGGAGUCGGACCCGUCGUCGCAGGUGUCGCAGGUGUUCGAGAAGUCGCUGCAGUACGUGAAGCGCUUCAGCCGCUACAAGAACCCCGACGCCGUGCGCCAGGUCCGCGAGACGCUGAGCCGCUACGGCCUCGCCGAGUUCGAGCUCUGCACGCUCGGCAACCUCUGCCCCGACACCAGCGGCGAGGCCACCGCGCUCGUCCCCUCCCUCAAGUCCGGCGGCAGGUUCGUCGGCGACCCCGGGGACGAGAAGAUCGAGAAGAUGCUCAACGACCUCUCCCUCAUCAAGAAGUUCGAGUAGAGCGGGAGCCCUCUCUUCUCUUAUCUUCUUUUCUCUUGGAGUAGCGAGCAUCCAGAGAGGAGGGGAAUUCAACAUCAAGACGAUGUACUGAUAAAAUUUUACUUGCCUUACACUACUAUCGUUGAGGUUCACGUCUGCGUAUUGAUUAGAACCUUGUUUGAUCGAUAAUCCAAUAUACUAGUAGUAUGUGUGUGGUUGAUGAUCUGUCUGGAAUUCUACACGAGAAGCCUGCAGAGGAUGAGGAUCCGAGUUGGCCAUGCCCUCUGUUCUUCAGCUCGAAAUGUACUGAUUUCCUUGCUAUUGUUAAGGUUCAUAUUAUCUUC